ACAAAAAGUACACCAUACGUCUUCUUUUUCUCUUUGGACAACCACACGAAAUGAAACUACAAGAUAACAUUACCCAAGAAUUCAGACAAUAUGGCGACAUUAUCCAAGGUGUCUUUCUGGACACGUAUCACAAUUUGACGUACAAAGCAGUCAUGGGAAUGAAAUGGAUUAGCCAAAACUGCAGGAACGUCAAAUACAUCGUCAAAAUGGACGACGACGUUUACGUUGACCUUCACAACUUUUUCACACGCCUCUACAACACGUUCAGAUCUUCAGACCAUACAAUCAUAUGCAAUGCAAUGAUACGAGCACAGGUCUUCAGAAAAGGGAAAUGGGGUGUUGAGAAACAUCAUCUCCGGUAUUACAAACAAUUUCCCUUUAGUUAUUGCAGUGGUUUUGCUGUCGUCAUGCCGGCUGCAAUGAUACCGGUCUUGUACAAGGCGACACUUACUGUGCCUUUCUUCUGGAUAGAUGACAUAUAUCUGUUCGGAAUGGUGCGCAGAAUGAUACCGAAAUCAGUGCUACAUGACAGUGGACCAAAGUAUUUCGAUUUUGACGGUAACGAGAAUCUGAAAUGUUUUAAACGAGCAGGAUGUAAGCUUGCUUUUGCCUCAAUGGGUUACAACAAGUUGCUUUUCCGCGCCUGGAAAGAGAAACAGAAGCAUCUGAACCCUUGA